UGUUGGAACACUUGUGGUCUCUCUCCUCUCUGCCUCCCCCCCUUCUUCAAUCAAUUCAAAUGAGAUGAUGCUCUCUUUCUCUCGCUAGGGGGGGAAAAAAGGAAAAAGAAAAAAAAAUCAAUGGACAAAACCCAAAAUCCCAAGCUCACCCGCACGCCCUCCUCCCUCCUCCGCUCAUCCACCCACACCCUCUCCUCCCUCAAUGGACAACACCAUCAUCAUCAGAUCCCCGAAGACGCUAAAAAGACCCGAAACCACCCGCACCCAAAUCCUCACCCACCCUCUCUCCUCUUCUCCCUCUCUCUCCUCUCUCUCCUCUUCAUCCUCACCCUCUUCUUCUUAUUCCUCUUCUUCACCCUCUCCGUAACCCACCUCUUCAUCCUCUCCCUCUCCGUCGCCCUCCUCUCCCUCGUCCUCAAAAAAACCAGGCCUUUCCUCUUCGGGCGCCGACUCAAAUCGGCCCAGUCGGUCCAAUGGUUCAUUGGCGACGAGGAAGAGAGGAUUUUGACAAGUGGGUUGUGCCCAAAAUCUGAGCUUGUGAAGGAAGGAGUGGAGUUCUACAGUAAUGGAGAUUUCUAUGAAGGGGAGUUCAAUAAUGGGAGUUGUAAUGGGAGCGGGGUUUAUAAUUUCUUUGGAAAGGGGAGGUAUGAAGGGGAUUGGGUCGACGGGAAGUAUGAUGGGUAUGGGAUUGAGAGCUGGGCUAAAGGGAGCAGAUACAGAGGGCAGCAUAGAAAGGGGCUCAGGCAUGGAUUUGGGGUUUACAGGUUUUUUAAUGGAGAUAGCUACGCGGGUGAGUGGGUGGGUGGGCAGAGCCAUGGGAGGGGUGUGCAGAGCUGUGCUGAUGGGAGCUGUUACGUUGGGGAGUUUAAAGGUGGGUUCAAGCAUGGCCUUGGUUACUACAGUUUCAGGAAUGGAGAUAGAUAUGUUGGCGAGUACUUUGGGGAUAAGAUUAAUGGUUUUGGGGUUUACCACUUUGCCAAUGGCCAGCGUUACGAAGGUGCCUGGCAUGAAGGUCGAAGGCAGGGGUUUGGUUCCUACAAAUUCAGGAAUGGAGAAACAAAGUCUGGAGAAUGGGACUGUGGAGUCCUAAAACAUUCGUUACCAUCAUCAGACCUUUCCCUUCACCAUUCAGUUCAGGCUGCUAGAAAAGCUGCAAAGUAUGCUGUUGUUGCACCGAGGGUAGAAGAACAAGUAAACAAGGCAGUCGCUGCUGCGAAUAAGGCAGCCACUGCUGCUCGUGUUGCUGCGAUCAAAGCUGUUCAGAACCGGAUGCAUGGAAAAUUUUGUCAUGAGGAAGUUUGAGGUUUUUAGUAUUUAUCUUAAUUGUACAUCUUCUGCUGUUUAAAGUUUUUCGGGUUGUUAGAUAGUUUAAUUGCUGCUGACCGGAAAGGUAAAUACCUUCUUGGUCUGAGAUAGUGCAUUUUUAUACACCAUAGCCUCAUAUAUCUAUAACUGUACAUUCAUAUAUCUAUAACUGUACAUGUAUAUGAAACUAGUAUGAAGUUUUCAAGA